UAAUGAAAGUACAUUUUUUAUUGGCAGUAUACUUAAAUUAUUGAUAAGAACGACUUGAGAAGAAUGCCAGAAAAUAAAACUGCCAGUUUAUGAGCUGAUACUUAUGGCAGAUGUUCGUUUUUAUAUUGCCAAGAGAAUUUCCAGCCUUUUCACUUGAGCAUGUCUGUUAUGCAUAAUUUAUUGAUUUCUUGCUGAAUUAUCCGGAAAUUCCAUUACAUGUUGUGAGUAAGCAGUAACUAACAGAAUAUUGAUCUAUAAUUGUGUGGUAGACCAAGUGAUGAGUACUGAUGCAACAGAUAUAUAGACUGAGAGAAUGGCAGAAUACGGCUGGGGACUGAGUAGUGAGUUGAAAAACAAAGCCUCCAUUGAGCUUAAUGAAAACCCGGAGUAUACAGCUGAAGCGAUAGAUGUAGUGCGUGAACAGAUUGACACUAGGCCAGAUAUAAACUUUCUACGAACAGACGAUGCUUUUGUUGUCAGAUUUCUUCGAGCCAGAAAAUUCGACACAUUUGAAGCCUUCAAGUUACUUGGUCGUUACUUUGAAUAUAGGCAAAAUUAUCCGAAUAUAUUCAAAGACUUUAACACAUCAGAACAGGGUGUAAAAGAAGCUUUAUAUGAUGGUAUCCCAGCAGUGCUAGAGAACACAGACCACUUUGGUCGUAAAAUUAUCGUAUUGUACUCUGCGAACUGGGAUAAUUCACGCUACGGUCUUGCUGCUAUAUAUAGGGCGAUUUUACUGACUUUAGAAAAACUGAUUGAUGAAGAAGAAUCACAGAUCAAUGGUUUUGUAAUCAUAGUGGACUGGAGUCAGUUUACAUUCAGACAAUCAACUUGGUUAAACCCUAACGUCCUUCGACAGAUGAUUGAAGGCUUACAGGACUGUUUUCCUGCCAGAUUUGCAGCUGUGCAUUUUGUCAACCAGCCAUGGUACAUAGAGGCAAUGUUCAAAAUGCUGAAACCUUUCUUGAAAGAGAAAAAUAAAAAUAAGAUACAUUUUCAUGGUAUCAAUCUGGGUACCUUACACAAUGAGAUCCAUAAAGAGGCAUUACCAGCUGAGCUAGGAGGGACUCAACCACCGUAUAACAACCAGUAUUGGGCAAAACAGCUGAUUGGUGAUGAAAACUUCAGUUUUAGUGAUAAACAUAUCUACUGGCCAAACCAGACACAAAUUAGGGCACGUUCUAAAUCAUUUCCUUCAAGUUUUUACGCUAAUACGUCUUCCAAGCCAACAGAAGAUGAGGAGGAAGUUUAUUCAGAUGAUGAGAAAUCCCGAGGGACGUAUCUAGAUGAGGAAUUCUUCUUAAUUGAUUGAACCAGAACUAUCGCAUGUUUUAUGAAGGUUUAGUUUUACCAUGAAGUCAUUUUAGAAACCUAAAUUUGAACAAAGAUAAUUUGUAUUCAGUUAGGAUAACUGUUUUUUUUCCAAAUACAGUAUUUGUUAUGUUGUUUCUUGUGGCAAAGUUUCCAUACAUUUAGACAUCUCUUACCUCUAUAUAUACUUUCAGGCAUGCCAUACCUCUAGUCAUUAUUAUACAGCAUACCGAGUAUAUAGGUUGUGUUAAAUUUGAUAUCCAAGACUUUUUGCACUAGAAAAUUGCAGAUAUCGAUAAUGCAAAAUCAAAUGAGCAGACUACAUUUUUAUGCGCAUUUGCAUUUUACUGUGAAAUCAUUAAUAUUCACAGGGGACUAAUUUUCAUGCAUUUCGUGGUUGCAUGAAUCCACGAAAUUAAAUCCCAACCAACAUUCAUUUUAUUAAUAAGGGCAAAAAUUGAAAUACGGGCAUUGAUAUCACCACAUAAAAGCCAUAAUGGUCAAAACCACGAAAUUCUUUGCCCUCAUUAUGAAACAAUUUCACAGUAAUUUAAAAGCAAAAUCAGAAAAGCAUGCCUCCAGAUACAUGUCAUUGUUUCAGAAUAUAGAAACUUGAUUUUUCCUUUUUUUUUUUUUUCAUGGGUUUAAAUUAAAAGUAAAAUCAGUGUGAUUGUAGUCAGAUCUUAUGCUGUAUCUACUGUGUUAAUCACACAGUAAAAUUUGAUGUAAACACAGAGUUUUGCAGUACAGUACUGUAAAUCAAGUUGUUAAAUUUCAACUUGGGUAAUAGAUAUAAUAAAAAUGGUAUUAAAUCUAAUGCAGUGCAAGUUGUAAUUAUAAAUUAUAUAAAUGUUUAGGUUGUAAUCUUUAUAUAUUAUAAUGAUAUAAGUAAUGAUAUAAUGUAUUGAAACAUAUCUGAAGAUUACUAAUCAUAAUUUAUAUAUCAUUUGGCCGGGCCGAAAAAGCGCAUUACAAAUUAUUUAAAAAUUACAUUAUAAAUGGUAUUAUUAAAAGUGCAAUGAAAUAUCAAUAUUUAUAUAUAGUUAUAUAGUCCUAUAGGAUAUUUUUUUUUGUUACGGUACCUACAGGAUUAUUCUUAAUAGUUUAUUUUAUAGAGGUUGCUUUCUGUUUUUAAAGAAAAAAUUGUGAUAUACAUUAGGAGGCGUGUCCCCAUAAAACUUUUACAUUACAGAUGCUGGAUAAAUGACAGAUGUAGAUUUUUUUUAAAGUCAACUUCUUAUUCCAUUUGAUAUUUUGUACUUGUUUUUGGCACUCACUGCUAUAUAAAGAUUGGAAAGAAUUGUUUUCUGUAGAUUUAUAGGACCAGUUUUCAUAAACCACAUUAAACUAAAUAUGUAAAAAUAUUGUGCCAAGAUGUUAAUAUCUGCUGUAAAAUUGUAUCAUUGUGCCAUUGUCUAGCCUGUAUCUUUGUGUGAGUAAUGCUCAUUUUUAGCUCACCUGUCACAAAGUAUCAAGGUGAGCUAUUGUGACCGCUUGAUGUCCGGCGUGCGUCGUCAGUCGUGCGUCAACAAUUUCUAAAAAAAUCUUCUUAUUGAAAUCCACUGGGCAGAAUUACACCAAGCUUCACAGGAAUGAUCCUUGGGUGGCCCCCUUUCAAAAUUGUUCAAAGAAUUGAAUUCCAUGCAGAACUGGUUGCCAUGGCAACCGAAAGGAAAAACUUUAAAAAUCUUCUUCUCAAAAACCAGAUGCCCUAGCUUAGAUAUUUGGUGUGAAGCAUUGCCUAGUGGUCCUCUACCAAUUUUGUUCAAAUCAUGACCCCGGGAUCAAAAUUGACCCCGCCCCAGGGGUCACUUGAUUUUACAUAGGAAAAUCUUCAAAAAUAUUCUUCUCAAAAACCAGAAGCCCUAGAGCUUAGAUAUUUGACAUGUAGCAUUGCCUAGUGGACCUCUACUAAAAUUAUUCAAAUCAUGACCCCAGGGUCAAAAUUGACCCCGCCCCAGGGGUCACUUGAUUUUACAUAGGAAAAUCUUCAAAAAAAUUUAAAAAAUAAACCAGAAUGCCUAGAGCUUAGAUAUUUGACUUGUAGCAUUGCCUAGUGGACCUCUACAAAAUUUGUUCAAAUCAUGACCCCCGGGGUCAAAAUUGACCCCACCCAGGGGUCACUUGAUUUUACAUAGGAAAAUCUUCAAAAUUUUUCUAAAAAUAAACCAGAAGGCCCUAGAGCUUAGAUAUUUGACAUGUAGCAUUGCCUAGUGGACCUUUACAAGAUUUUUCAAAUCAUGACCCCCAGGGUCAAAAUUGACCCCGCCCCAGGGGUCACUUGAUUUUACAUAGGAAAAUCUUUAAAAAAUUUCUAAAAGUAAACCAGAAGGCCUAGAGCUUAGAUAUUUCACAUGUGGCAUUGCCUAGUAGACUUCUACAAAAUUGGUUCAAAUCAUGACCCCAGGGUCAAAUUGACCCCGCCCCAUGGGGUUACUUGAUUGUGCAUAGAAAAAACUUCAUAAUUUUCUAGAAAUAAACCAGAAGGCCUGGAGCUUAGAUAUUUGACAUGUAGCAUUGCCUAGUGGACCUCUACAAUUUUUUUUUCAAAUCUUGACCCCUCAUGGUCAAAUUGACCCAGCCCCAGGGGUUUCUUGAUUGUACAUCAGAAAAUCUUCCAAAAAAUUUCUAAAAAUCAUCAGUUUGACAUUUGAAACAUGUAGCUCAUAUUACUCAGGUGAGCGAUCCAGGGUCAUCUUGACCCUCUUGUUGAGAUUCGUUUCACUUGAUUGUGUUGUUUUAAACUGCCAUAAGCAUAUGUUGAUAAGUUAAACAAACAGCUGAUUAAAAUAGAAGAAGACUUUUUCUCAUGCUUGCAGAAAGAGUAUGUACUUGAUUAGGUCAUAAUUAUCACAAGUUGUGUUCCAUCAAAAUGAUGUCAUGAGAUUGUUUGACGGGUAUUUUUGCAUACUUGUAUACCAGGUUGAAGUUUCUGGUGUUUUCACUGAUGCUUGAAACAUUUAAAAGAAAGUUUACAUUGAAUGAGAUUAUUUUUACUGCUUUUUGUGUUCAGUAUUUUUGUGCAGUUUUUUUUGUGUACUCUGUACUUUGUUAACUAUCAGUUCUGUUAUUAAACAUUCAAUAACUGUUAUUGUAUAACAUUUAUAGAAUUAUUAUUCAUUACCAGUAACUGUUUUGUUCUUUUUCAAAAUAAUCAAAAGCUGUAUUGUUAGGUAAAGUGACAUUGUUUUCAUAGCAAGUAGAAUGAGGUCAUCAGUUAGUUAUAAUAGAAUUGUAUUCCUUCCAUUUAUGUUUCAUUUGCGUAGUGAAGUUUAAUCCAUUACAUUAUGUUUAUUUCAGAAGUAUACUUGUAUACAGCCAGUUAAACCAUCAUUAUGUCAGUAUGUCUGACAAUUCAGUUUUUUUUUAAUCCCCCCACAACCAGUGUCUGUCCGUCCAUAACAUUUUGUGUCCACUCUGUAUCUCUUAAACCCAUUUGAAGGACUUUCAUGAAACUUUGGUCAAAUGAUCACCUCAUCAAGACAAUGUGCAGACCUCAUGAGACGGCCAUGUCGGCUUAGGAUUAAGGUCACAACUCAAGGUUUGGGUCUUCCAUUUUGUGUCCGCACUGUAUCUCCUAAAUCCCUUGAAGGAUUUUCAUGAAAAUUGGGUCAAAUGAUCACCUCAUCAAAGAUGAUUUGCAGAACUCAUGAGUCAGUCAUGUCAGCUCAAGGUCACAACUCAAGGUCAAAGGUUUGAGCUCUGUAUAUCAUAAACCCCUUGAAGGACUUUCAUGAAACUUGGGUCAAAUGAUCACUUGGUUCAAAUGAUCACCUCAUUAAGAUGGUGUGCAGAAGCCAUGAGUCAGCCAUGUUGACUCAAGGUCAAGUCACAACUCAAGGUCAGGUUUGAGCCUCCCAUUUUGUGUCCACUCUGUAUCUCCUAAACCCCUAGAAGGAUUUUCAAAUUCAUUGAUGUCGUCAUACAUGGACUAUGAAAUAUACUUAACAAUGUCAGUUCUUCCACCUAAUACCAUCACCCCUUUCACUAUCCGUAACAGCGAUGGGGGAUAUAGCUGUCUUUCAGGCUGCCUUGUAAUUUAAUUAAUUAUUCACAAAAACCAUGUACUAUAAAAUUGGAAUUUUUCAUGCAUGAUUUAUUUUUUGAAUCCACCGACUCUCAGUAGUUGUGAAAAAUAAAUAUUUGUAAAAGUGCUGAUAUUUAUAGAAAUAACCCUAUAUAUUUCACAAGAUGGUCAUAUAUCAGAGAUAUUCUACCUCCAGUUUUGUAGACUUUUUGCCUGGCAAGAUGAUUUUACAGUUAUCUUGGCUACAUUUUAAACAUAUAUAUUUUAAAAGAACACAGUAACGUACAUUCUAGGCAUAACAUAUGUUUAUAAUGUAGGAAUAUAAUAUGGUUAUUAUAAUAGUAGCUUGUUCUGGGAUGCUGUAUUCAGCUUGAGUGAAUUUGCCAGGUCAGAUAAAAUGAGGUGUACAAGCCCCAGAUGUGAUCUGACCUGGCAAAAUCCACAAAAAACGAAUACAAAAUCCCAGAUCUAGCUACUGUUUUAAUGAUGCUUUUAUUAAAUACCUCCGUCUUUUGUUUGUUGUUUUGUUAUUAAAUGAAAUCUUCAGUGUUUCAGCAGAGUGUAGUUUUUUUGUGCGCUAUUUAUAGAACUGUCAGGUCAUGCAUAUUAAUUGAAAGUAGUCUGGCAACAUGCAAUGCAAAAGGUACAAAAAUACAAGCCGUAGGUAUUCAGUUCUUGUGAUAUUUGUUUUUUAAAACUUACAGACGUUUUUGAAACAAGUUUUAUUAUUUGUUUUACACUUUUAUGGGUUUUUUUCAGUGUCAUAUAAAAGGUUCCUUAAACUUCUGAAAUUAAAUGGAGGUAUAUGAUAGGCCAGUGCAACUAAAGUUUAUAAUGAAAAUGUUAGAUCUACUUGAUGUUUUCAUAAAACUUAUUUCUGUUUUUUAUAAUGUGAAUGGCCAGUGCAAUUUCUAUUGCCUAUUCAAUAUUUCUGUUAUUUCAACUUAUUUUUAAUGUGAAUGGCCAGUGCAAUUUCUAUUGCCUAUUCAAUAUUUCUGUUAUUUCAACUUAUUUAUAAUGUGAAUGGCCAGUGCAAUUUCUAUUGCCUUUUCAAUAUUUCUGUUCUUUCAACUUAUUUAUAAUGUGAAUGGGAGUUGCAAUUUUUAUUAUGUAUACAAUAAAUCUGUUAUUACAACUUAUUUGUAGUGCAAUUACUAUUGUGUAUUCAGUAAUUCUGUUAUUUCAUCUUUGUUUAUAAUGUGAAUGGCCAGUGCAGUUUCUAUUACUUAUUAAAUAUUUGUUACUUCAACUUAUUUAUAAUGUGAAUGGCCGGUGAAAUUAAUGCAUGUAUUCAGUAUUUCUGUUAUUUCAACUUAUUUAUAAUGUGAUUGACCAGUGCAAUAGUUAUUAUGUAUUCUGAUAUUUCUGUUAUUUCAACUUAUUUAUAAUGUGAAAGGCCAGUACAUUUAACUAUGAUGUAUUCUGAUGUGUCUUCAUUAACCUUUACCCUGCUAAAUUUCUAAAAUGGACUUGUCCAUCAUUCAGUUUGGGCAAUUACUAUUUAUUAGUCCAAUGGGGAGUUUAAGAAAAUUUACUGAUGGAAUAGCGAACAGUGCAGAACAUGAUCAGCCUGCACAGAUGAUCUCGAUCUGCACUGGUCGCAAAGGCAGAAUCACUUGCUGCCAGCAGGCUAAAGGUUAAGUAUUGGUUCAAUUGACUUCCUGUUAUUUAUAUGAGCCACGCCAUUGGAAAACCAUCAUAGUGGCGGAUGCGCAGGCAGGUCUGGAUCCAAGCUGUUUGCUAACGGUUUCUUUAAUUGCAAUAGACUUUGAAAGCGAACAGUAUGGAUCCUGACCAGACUGCGCGGAUGCGCAGGCUGGUCUGGAUCCAUGCGGGCUGCAAAGCCACUAUGUUGGUUUUCUCAUGGCGCGGCUCAUAUUAUAAACAACUGUCAUUUUGUUUUCUGUUGUGCUAUAAACUUUAUACAAAAACUGCUUUUGCUACUUAUUUGCUUUAUAAGUGUUACUGAUUUGUAUUAAGAGUUGUGUUAAAAUUUUAUAUAAUUUGUAUUUAUUUUAGAUGAGCAAUAAAGUCAUUUUGCUACUGUAA